CAACCCAGUUAGCCUAGACUCACGAAGCAAGGUUGCCCAGGCUAUCCACCACCGCCUUAACAGACGAGCGUCCAACCGCCGACCAUGACGCAGCGCCCGACGACCCCGCUCUGCUUUCUGCUGCUCGCUGCCACGGCCGCUGCGAUCGUGGCCAUCGCAAGUGCACAGACCGUUGACGACAACAAAAUCUUGGUAUCAGCCGCAUGGCUAUGCGAGGGCCUGGAGUGCCCCGAAGGCAAAGAGUGCACACUGGAGCAGCCCCAGUGCACAUCAGAAGACUGUUCCCUCAAGCCAUCAUGUUCCCCUCGACUCGAGAAUUGCAAACCGUGCAAUCCUGGCUGCGCCCACGCCAUCUUGAACAAAGGUGCCAGCUCGGGCUGCCACCCCUGCCUCUGCGAAAUUGCCGUUGUGCGGAAACCGGAAAGACUGACGGAGGAAGCACCAUCCGGGAACGGCAAUGAAUGAAACAAGCAUGAACAAAACCACACGAGAACUACCCGCCGCUCAGCCCAACACCGACAAAGCACACGCAGGAGUGUCCUGCGAGUUUUCUCUGUCAAGUCAUUUUAUAUGCACCAGCUUUUACCAUGAGCUUUGAUAGCAGGACAUGAUCUUUAUUUUUUUUUAUAUUUUUAUUAUUAUUUGAGAACGUUAGCAAACUUAGAGAGAUCUGAAUACGCAGAAAAUCACUCCUAUAUUUACACUGUAAAAAGAGAAAAUAAACACGUUGGCGUUUGUUUGUUGCACAAUAA